AUGAGACUAGUUUAAAAAGCUAUGAGAUAAAAAUUAUUCCUAUCUACCAAUACAUCUCUAGCUGGUUUAGUCGGAACUAAAUAACAAUUGGAUACUAAUCAUAUAAAACAAGACUUUGAUUAGAUCAAGCUCAAUUACAAUUUUUAAUAAAAUACAGCCAGAGAAAGCUCUCAAAAAAUGAGACUAGAGAAUUUUCCAAAUAUUGAGAAGAUUAAAAAUUACGAGGAAAAUAUAGAUACAGAUGACAAUCAAGAGGAGGUUAAGAAAUUACCAAGAGUUGCUAACGAUUAGAAUGAAAAAAUUCCAAAUAUUGAUCAUCAAGAAGACUAAAUAUAAAAUUUGUCAAACUCGUUAAUUUCAAAAAAUGACAGUAACAGUCCUUCAUCAAGUGAGUUCAAUUAAUUAGUUAAAAAGAUUUUGUUAAAUCAGCCAAAUGUGAAAUCUAAAUUCUUAUAACCAAUCAAUUAAAUGCAAGAUAAUAUUGAUACUAUAAAUUCAAGAUAAAAUAAUAACAGUGCUAAUAUUAUCAUGAAUAGAAGGAAACUAAAAAAUAAAUUUAUGAGAGAAGAUGUGAAUAAUAAAUUUAAUAAUUUCCAAUAGUAACUCUAAAUGGCUGAAAACGAGAAUAUUCUCAUUAAUUCAGACCAAAUUGAUGAUUAAAAUAAUUAAUUAGAAAAAGAAAAAGAUGAAUUGGCUUUUGAAGAAUAUGAGUUUAUCAGUAUUAAAAGAAAGAAGGAAAGCUUAAAUUUUUUAUGA